CAUGCCGUUGGAUGUUGAUGAAGAUGAGGAAUGGUAUGAGCGUCGAGAAGCCAACCAUGUACGUCAUGACGAACGAUGGACGAAUGAUGGUAUGCCCGAAAGAGGUCUCCGGGAGCCGUUCCUUCUAGCACGGAGUCAAGCACUAGCUAUUGCUGGUGUUCCGCCGGAUAUGGGCGAUGCCUUUGAAGGCACUUACAGGCCUGCUCCGGAUGGAAAAUCGGUCCGUUUGCCAUUCUCGAGUCGGCCUAUACUGAGGCCUGCCGAUUCGGCUGAAGAGGGCCUUACGGAACGGUUGGUCGGAGAGGCGCUUGGUCUUGGCCGAUACAUGGACGAACGC